AAAACGAUGCAAAACUGUUUGCUCCUGACUUCUCAUUAUUCGGCUUCUGUCAGGCGCCUUGUUUUUUUUUACUUUUCAACGCUUCGGGAGAAAAAACCGGAUCAUUUGCGAGAUCUGCUUCUUCUCUGACAAAUUCUACUAGAUCGUGGAAGGAUACCGUUCUCUCCGUUUUCUUCAGGACAUCACGUGCUUGGCGACACCACCUGGAGCCUGACUUGAAGGGUAGUUUUGUGCUUACUUCCUGUAGUAACCUUGUUGAAUUUAGAUCUUCCAUGUACUUCAUGGACUGCAUGGCUCCUUCACAACGGACAAGAAAAUCAGAGAGAUCUUGAAGACCGGAGCUAUCUCCUUCGACGAUCUGCGGCCAAUUUCGCAAUUUAGCCUUAUAAGCUUCCGCUACUCGAAAUGGGUUGCCGAAGCGCUGAGCCAAGAGCUUACGAGCUUCUUCAUAACCUUUGUCCGAAUCCCAGGUCAAGAAACCUUUCACAACUUCGUGGGCUUUGCCGGAAGUAUACUUGUUCAAAAAAUACAGUUUAUCCUUUUCUGAGUCAACUUUCUUAUCUAUCAUAGCAUCGAAAGCAGCUAUGAAUGUCGGAUAAUCGAAAUAACUUCCUUUAAAGACAGGAGGUUCUUGAGAAGGAAGCGUACUAGCUCUUUGCUGGUUGACAAUUAGAGCGCUUAAUUCCGCUUGUUUCGCUUGGAGACUGACUAUUUGUUUAAGAGUCGCUUCUUGAUGUGUUGUCGGCUCCUCUCGCUUUGGAGCGAAAUUGUGAACUUGACUAGCUUCUCUUAUUGGCGGCGUCAACGGCGCGAAAGGAAGUGCUUCCGGUCUCAACAAUGAAGGUUCAUGUUUUAUGACAGUUUUUCCGACAUCGAAUUUAGCUUCGCGGAAAUUUCGUUCGAAUCUCUCAUCAGACUUCAUAUCUUCGCGAACUAUGCCAUUUUUCACUUCUUCGUUCAUAACCAAUUUGAUAGCUUCCUCUUCAGCAUCUGCUAAGGCGAUCUCCCUUUCCAGCUGAAUUCUUCUUAAAUUGGUUUCCUGACCCAGGUACUUCAUUUCGACCUUUAGCUUCACUGCUCUGGUUGCCACCUCUACUCUCUUUGACAUGACCGACGACCUAGAAGAUCUUGAAGAACCUGAAACCCUUGAUCUUCCAGAACGGCUUGAUUCAGUUUCUUGUCUAUUAGAUUCGAAUUUUUCAUGCUCUCGUUGUUCGACUGAACGAAGGAUUUCGGAUAGCCGCACUCGACAUUCGAUAAACUCCCGAUCGCACAAAUCGAAAUAUCGGUAAGCGGCACCUUUAGCGCUUUCAUCAUCAAGUAACUCGUCAUAAGAUCGGUAUGCCUGGUUAAGUUCCUCUUUAAUUACAUCCAGGAUUUGUCUUUCCUUUUCUAAUUCUUCGGUACCCGGGUGGGAGUCGAGCAAUGAGUAAAUUCUUCCUACAUGUUUACGCAAUUUGUUUUCCACUUCUUGUUUCUUUAAAGCGCGAAUUUCCAAUUGAUAGGCUCUGCCUUUGUCACUCAAAGUCCGCUCGUGCGGUUCUCUCAAAUUUGGAGGAUCGUGUUUCCUGCCACGAGGACUAUUGGCUUCGUCUAAACUAAGAUCUUUUAAAUCGCAUGGUUCAUUCGGAAUUUCAACUUCUGCUUGUUCCUUCUCCAAUGAGAGGAUCUUUCGAACUGUAGCUCGAGGCGAUCGACUACCACUAUCGCUCAUCCUCAACGAAUUUUAAUUCCAGCCAAAGGCGUCAAUUGGUGAUAUUUUACUGUUGCGGCAAACGAACAUCAAGGCUCGAUGAAAUACCAAGAAAAUCGUGACCGGAGAAAAAUGCCAACCAAAUCCAGGGGAUAUAUUACAGGGACAUAACUUUAAUCAAUCUCGUAAACUGUAAACGAAUUAAAAAAGGGACAUAUAAUAGAUUGUAUUCAAUUAAACACGUGGCGACUUAACAGCGUAAAUGAAUCUAACAUAAUAAAAGAACUAACAAAUGAACCAAAUGCUACGGCAAACACAAAAUAUAUAUACAAAUAAGGACGAAAGAGCUUGCUCGAAACGAGAUAAACAACAAAAAGGCGAAAACAACUUACAUAUCAGUCCCUAUACGCCGGUGGCUUGAAAUAACACUUUAUAAAUUAACUUUGUAUGCACUCCGAACAUGAACAGGCGAUUAAUGAAAGCGGGAGAGAAAAACUAUUUAAAGGAAUCAAAUGGCACAAAGGCCAACUGUAACGCAAAUGUCACGCAAGUUCGAAAGUCACGCAUUUACAAGACCAAUGAAGAUUACAAAGAUAAAGAAAGGUAGAAUGUGUUAGAUCUUUAAAUAAAAACUUUGAAUUGAUUUUUUUCCCCAGACAAUAACCUCACGCCAGCUUAUUGAGUUUGGAAUUGAGAUCUGCAAAGGAAUGGAUUAUAUCACUCAGAAAAAGAUUGUUCACAGAAAUCUUGCAGCAAAGAACUGCAUGUAAGUAUUUCUUAUCUAAGUUUGCCUUGUGUUUCAUAUAGUUGCCUUUUAUCUUAGUUUUCUUCUUUUUUGCGAAGAAUGUAGAUGAUUCAGGUUUGUAAUGAUCAGGAAAAUAAAGAUUUUUCAAACAUUUGCACCCUAUCUUAUAGGCAAUCUAAUUUUAAUAGUUUUCACUUUGCAAUUGAUAGUCACAUGCCUUAGUUUACUGCUGGCGUACAGAGGCUGUUGCUCUGACUGAGUAUUUGGGUUAAUAUAUUUCCCUGCAUUUUGAGAUGAUGAUUUAUAAAAUAAUUAAGAAGGGAUUAGGUUUUCCAUCUCAGGAAAUCAGACUUAUCUGAAAGUGUUUUCCUUUAGUGUCAAUGAUGAUUUGAGUAUCAAGAUCACUGACUUCAGUUUGGCCAGAGAUGUGAACACAACAAACUUGAAUGACAAGGGAAUACGGUCUAGAUUACUUGUCAAAUGGACAGCACUUGAGGGUUUAGCAGAGGAGGGUCAAUUUUCAGAAAAAAGUGAUGUGGUAUGUUUCAUUUCUUUUUCACUCUUUGAAGAUAAAUUUGGUUUUGCCUGGCUUGUCAAAAUUAGGACUCUUAAUUUAUAUUGCAAGCGCUCAGCUGGUAGUUCAUCAUUAACUUUAAACAUUGCAUAAAGAUUAAACCCUUUAGGAAGAGAUGAAUUUGAAAAUUGUACUUGCAAGUUAAGAACAAAUCAGUGUGCUUAUUCUACACAGUGUUCUGUAUACAUUUCCGAUAGAACUGCAUAAGAGAAUUUCUUUAACAAUAAAGAACUACAUAAGUUAGUGAUUAUUUCUUUUAUUCUCAUGACCCUGAUGUUUGGUUUAGUGGUUAUACACUGAGGAGAAUUUGGAUGCUUAUCACUCUUAGGGAUUAAAUUCUUAUGAGUGGCUUACAGAGGAAUAUAUCACCAUUAGUAAAGAGAAUUUGCUUGUAGAACAUGGAAAGGAAUCAGGGAUACUUGAGCAAUUGUUAUCACAAUGACAUUGACUUUGCACAACAGCAACAGAUUUUACAGGUUGUGAUUUAUUCCUUCACAGUGGUCAUUUGGAGUUGUUUUAUGGGAGAUUGUAACUCUUGCUAAGGCACCGUAUCAAGCUAUUGACAGUUCAAAAAUGGAGCAGCAUCUGCAAGCUGGACAUAGAUUACCACAACCUAAUAACUGUCCUUAUGACUUGUAAGUUUUAUCUUGUAUUUCCAUAACAAAAAAAUGAGCUGUAAGCUUAAAAUUUCAAUUUGUCUCUUUUUUUUCCUUUUUUUUUUCUUUUAAGGGAGCGAUUCCCUUAAAUAACUCAUCUUUUGUUAAUAAUAAAAUAAAGAAUGGGUGGGUUCCAAUAGUCCACAUUGAUAUCCUUCUGUGAAACAGGUCUGAGCAUUCAGAGGUUAAUCCUUUAUCUCCUAGAAGUGUUUAACCCAUAACUUCUCCCCAUAAAAUCCAUAAAUUAUCCAAAAAUCAGGUACUGAGAAUACUCAAACUUAUCAGGUCAAGGUUAUCUUGAUCAAACACCAAAUUCUCAUAACUAGGUUACAACAAAAUGUGUAACAGCUGGAGGGGGGAAAUUAACAAUGAGAUCUUGGUAGUUAAAGGGUUAUGGCAUUGUUUUGACCUUCACUGUGUCUUUUUGCAGAUAUUUCUUAAUGAAAAACUGCUGGGAAUCCAGUCCAAAAGCAAGACCAACAUUUAGUCUGUUAUUAAAGCAAUUGGAACACCACUCCACAAGGCUGGUGCAAAAUGGACUCAAGUUUGAAUAUCUACCAGAGUCUGACUGUUGAUGAAGGGAAAUUUGUUGCUUUUCUGGGCUUAUUAUUACCACUUAAAUAUAUAAUUUUUGUACUUGUGGCUGUAUCAUAGGAAAAAAAUAAUUUUUGUACAUUGUAUAGGUUUAUCAAAUUAUAGCCAUUUAAAAUUCAAGUAGCCUUAUUUCAGGUAUGUUUGAAGCGUGGCAGUUAAAAGAUUCUUUGGUUGUUACAUUAAAGGUGGCUGUUUGGGUGGGUCAGUUUUUUAAAAAUAUUAAGCCACUAUUUAAUGAAAUUGAAGGCAAAGUUUUGCUUUUGAAAACACAGACAUGUGGGAAGACUUCCAUUUUACAAAAUUGUAGGUUAUGGGUCAGUAUUUUCGUAGGAUUUUUUCAGUGUUGCUUUUAGCACUUUUCUUUUCCAAUGUUGUGUUUCACAUGUCAAUUGUUAAGUCAUAUGGUAAAAUGAAAACUCAUAUUUCAUUGGGAAGUUUUUGUUUCUGAAGGAAGCCCCUGUGCACAGGAGCGUAAUCUUCUGGAGAUAGAUCACAAUUUUUUAUUGUAAAGCUGUUCUUCAAAUUAACAUGCUAUAUUUUUCAUAGUGAUUUACCAUUGUUUUGCUGCUAUAAAAUUCUAUGCCUUUUUUUUCUCUUGUGCUGUCUGAUAACAUUGUUAAGUUUCCCUAGUUACAUUUUACUGUUGCAGUAUAACUGUGAUUGGUGGCAUUGGUUGUUUGGUUUCAAAGUUCACAUGGAAGUCAUUUUGUAAAUACAGUAUCCAUUGUUCCAUUUCCAAUUUUUCAGGGACAUGUUUUAUAUUCUAGUUAUGCUUUGUUCAUCUUGUUUGUUGAAAAUCAACAUUUGAGUAGGUAUCAUAAAGUUUUACCCCUUAUUUGCUUCAUCAGGCCAUUCAUUAGAAAACUCUAUGUUUUUUGUUUGGUAAAUCAUAUUUGGGUUAAUAGUAUCAAACAAGGUUUAACUUUGUCCACAGCAUGUCAUCAAACUUAUUGCCUUCAGACCCUAAAGAGCUUAUAUUAUUAAUUAGCUAACCUACAAAAUUAAAUCACUAUAAAUUGUUAUUUACUUAGUAAAAAGGGAGUAUUUUUCUACUAAGUUUCCAAAAAAACUCCAAUAUUAACUUUUUUUAAAACAUCAUAUUUGCUCACCAAUCUUAACUUUGGUGGGUGUUGAAUGUUUUUCAAAAAGAGUAGCGCAAGUCCCCCUACCAGAUUUGGACAAUUUAAGGGCAACAUAAAAUUUUUUGCAAAUAAGCUCAGUGUUUAUGGUUUUGGAAAAUGUAAAUUAUGUUUUCCAAGCCAUUUUCUGAGACAUAUUGUUAGAAAAUUCUGUUACAGGCUAUUUUGUACAUUUAACACAGUAAAAUUUUCAAAACAGUUUGUUUUGCAACAUUGUUUAUGGAGAUGCUGGGAUUGGAUCAUAUUUGCGAAUUAGCAGUAGAAAGCUACUGCAAAUGUUAAUCUGUGUAUGGAGCUUACUAGAAUUGUAGUUUUCAAAUUUGUUCUUUUGGUUCAUGUUCAGAUUUGUACAGUGUAAUUAGUUUUUUUUUUGACGGGAUGUUAGUAAUAGAACGUCUCAAAAGUAUAACAGAACGAGCGCAUUUUUCUUUAGCGUAUUGCAUAAUGUAUGGCUUCUCUUUAUAACUUAAUCUCAUAACACGAUUGUUAAUAGUGGUUGGUUAAUUUUAAUGCAGUAAAGUGUUGUGGAAAAACGUUGUUUCGGAGCCAAAGUUGAGCCGCUUGCUUAAAACAUACCUUAGAAUGAAGAUAUGUAGAUACAGUAUUAAUAAAAUGUUUUGUAAAGAAAUAAACACAUAUCACGUUAAAAGUAAUAGCCAAAAAUAUAUAUGAUGUAAAUAGUGAUUUUAAGGUAACUGUGUCUUUGAAUGGUGGAUCCUUCUGGCAAUAAACAUGUAAUUUAGCAUUUCUUGUUGGGCAUGAAUUGUUAUACGUUCUGUCAGAAAUGAUUUAGCUUUGGUGAUGAGACUCUGAAGGUCACUUCAAUUUUACAUCUCAUAUUAGAGUUAUGUUGCAAUAUUGAAGCAUUUCAUGCAACAGUUACU